AUGGCGGCUGCAUUUGGUGUUUGGGAGGUAAAGUUUCCUUCUUCUCGUGCGGUUUACGAUGAAGAAGACGAAGAAGACGAGGAGUUAUCUACCUCGGAGAAUGAGUUGAAAAUUUCUGAGUUUCAAUGGAUAUCCCGGAAUAUCAAUCAAAAGCCCUCUCCAACUCACUGCUCCUUACUCGUUCUCGCGAUCGGAGAAGUUGGGACGACAUUUGUAGAAGCUCACUAUCUGUCAGCGGGGAGUGAAAUCGUUGCCUGUAUUUCAACAAAUAAGAGAAAUGAAAUAGAUUUUGAAAAUUUGUGUUCUCCGUCAAAAUCAGACGAGACGAGCCGCUUAUAUCGUUUGAAAACGCCACACGAUAAUGACUCAGCAGUUCUUUGUCAAUGCCCAACACCAGUGUCACAGGAAAAAGCAUUCCAAUGGACUGAAAAGUUGUUUGAAUUUCUAAAGCCAUCCAAAGUUGUCAUCUUAUCAUCAGCACCAGCCUGUGAAUAUCACACUGACACACCUGAAAAUCUCAAGUCUGACUUUGUGAAAGUUCUAAAGACAGAUUCCUGGCUGGAAAAGUUGUCACAGAAAGAGUGCUCUUUGUUGGAAACUCCCAAUGUCAUCAGUGGAGUUGCAGCUUCAGUUUUGCAGUAUUGUCAGAUCCACAAUUUAGCUGCAGCUUUAUUUGUAUGCUUCAUGGAGUCAUCUCAUGUGGAUUCACAAUCUGUUGAAACCUUCAAAUUCCUCCUCAAAAGUCCUCCCUUAAACUCACUUCACCAGGCAUCCGCUGAACAAGUAACAAAAGUACUGAAGUCACUAAGAUCUGGAAAAUUGAUAGAGAUGAACAUGUACAUGUAGGAGAAUUUCGCUCGGGAAAGGAAAAAUUAAGUUAUCGAGUACAGAUGUGAACUGAACUGAGCUUUAUCCCACCUCGAGUAGAGAAAACGAAAUAGAGUUGUUAAUGAUAUAAACUUAGUAAACUACCGCUUUAGAUGGACACUGCGCGUCUUACCAUUCAUGGGUGAACAAUGCGAGACGAAAAAGAAAUACGAAUGUCUGGAAAAAUUGUAAAGUUUUCCAUUGGACAAAUUCUGGUACAGGUAUUUUGGCACAUUUUUUUUCACAUUCCAUUCUCGAUGGUAACACUUCUCUCCUACAUGAUUGACUACUGGUUAAAAUAUAAUGAGGCCUGGAGUAAAUUUACUGAUUGGCAAAAAAUCCCUCCUAAGAGAAGUUGACAACUACCGAACGAACUGACAGAUCGAAACUGACCAAUCACAGUUUACAAACGCUACUGGGCUCUAACGGCAGAUAAAAUCAUGGCAAAAUGACGAAAUUACUCUAUGCGAAUAAGACUCGUCGCACUUGAUUGACACAUACUAUAACUCCUCACUGGACUCUGAUGAUCAGUUGCUACUGGCAGCUGUUCUCUUCAGGACUCAUCUCACGUGGACUAUUAUAAGACUUGACUUUUUAUAUGAGCUAAUUAAAUUCAAAGAACAAACAGACAUCUAUUAUGUGAAUUUUGGGUCUUAUCGACUACCAUAGUCAGUGUACAGCUUGCAUUAUACUUCAAACAUUGUAGGUGGUUACACUUGUAGUAAAACUGUCAGAACUACUUCUAAAUAAUACCUUUCAUAAAUCGAAUCGAACUCUCCAAAACGUACUCGUUUUCAUCAACAACAACCGAAUUUUAAUGACACACACAAAAUCAAAGAGGAUUGAAAUAUUCAAUCGAACUUAUCACCGGUGGUGAGAAAUCAUAUCACAUAUCUAAAAAUGAUUCUUACAAUAGCAUUACUCUCAAUUUUGUGUUUGCUUAGAUUAAAAGUUAUAACUGUAAGUGUGUAACACAUCCAGCAGUCUUUUGGAAUUACUUCAACUCGGCUUCAGUUUUUAACAGGGUUACGAGGUCCCUCCGCCAAGACAAGCGCAACUUUCCACGGUGCGGACGCUGAAGUUUUUUCCCCCAGCAGUGAUGAAAGAAUGCGCCUUGGAGCGUUUAGUAAUGCACCUCAUUGUGCUGUAACCAAUAAGAUUAUUCCAAGUUCCUUUUGGCUUAUUAAUCCUAGAGAAAGAAAAAAUAAACGAUUGAUUUGUGGACAAUUCCUUAAACAUUUAUAUUUAUUUAGGCGCUAAUUAAAUGUUUGGACCUUGAGA